AUGAAUGAAAUUUCUUAUAAUUCCAUAAUUCUACAUUUGUCUGUUAAUAUUGUGAGACAAGUUGAUGAAGUCAAAAUUGCUAGAGCCCUAUGGAUUGUCUUUGAUACUAUGCUCUUAACUAAAACACUACUAAACAAAAUUUUUCUCUUGGAAAAGCUGUUUAGCUUGAGGAUGGACUCUGGGAAAGAACUGGAGUUAAAUUUAAGUGAAUUUAUUAUCAUAGUGAAAAGCUUUGUACAUAAUGAGAAAAAAUUUGAUGACGAAGACCUUGCUUUAAUCCUACUAAAUUCAUUACCUGACUUAAAUAAAGACGUCAGAAAUGCAAUAAAAUACUCAAGGGAUAAACUAACACAAACUAUAGUCAUUGAUGCUCUGAGAUCUAGGGAGUUAGAAGUUAAAAAUGAAUCUAAAUCUAAUCCUAGAGAUGAGAGCAUGUUUGUAAGAGGAAGAACUGAAAAGAGAGAACAAUUUUCCCACAAAGAAGUCUCUGUUAUGAUUGUCUCAAGUGAAGAAGUCAAUAAAGAUUGGAUAAUAUAUUCUGGAUACAUUGCCAUAAAAAUGCAUGAUGGCACUGCCAUGCCAAUCUUGAAUGUAAGAUAUAUUCCUAAUCUGAAAAGAAACUUGAUAUCCUUAAGGAUUCUUGAAGAUGAGGGACAUAUCUUCAUGUUUGACAACAAGACAAUGGGACAUAUUGGGAAUAAAGGGUUAAAAUCUUUAAGUAAUCAAAAGUUACUUGGAAAAGAUUUAGUUGAAAUACUGGAGUUAUGUAAAAACUGUGUUUUUGGGAACUCUCACAGAGUGAGCUUUGAAACAGGUCCACAUGUUAACAAGAAACCCUUAGACUAUGUCAUUGCUAACGUAUGGAGGCCUGAAAGUCACCCCACUUUCGGAGACAAUAGAUAUUUCUUAUCUAUUGUUGAUGACUAUUAUAGAAAGGGCAUAAAGAUCAUUAACAGUAGAAACGUGAAGUUUAAUGAAUUUGAGAUGCCAUGUUUAAAACGCAAAACUAAUACUUCAGCAGAACCUAAUAACAAUAUAGCUAAAAAUGAGGUGAAGCUGACUAGAUUAAGUAAUACUCAACUUGAUAGUAUUGAAACUAAUAUUCUCACACCUCAAAAAGAUGAAGGAGAACCUAAAGAAGAGGAUACUUCUCUUCAGGACUAUCAAUUAGUAAGGAAGAGGGAAAGGCAGGUGAAACCCAACCCUAGAUAUGAAUCAUGGAGUUGUAUAGAUUUUGACUUAAUGUCCGGUGAAAGUAUAGAACAAGUUGAACCUACUUCUUAUGAAGAAAUAGUCAGAGGACUAAAAUCUGGGAAUUGGAAAAGGGUUAUGGAAGAAGAAAUGCAAUCUCUAAAUGAAAAUAAACUUGGAAACUAG